AAUGGCUGUAACUUCAUCUUUACUCACGUACCCAAAUAGUAUCUUGAUUUUCAAACAAUUCCCCUCACUGCGAGAGAUCAUUCGUGGCCUACUACGAUGGAAGAGAAAAGCAUGCAAGAAGCGGUGCCAGCUUUCAACCCACCAGAAGGAAAUGAAAGCAAGGACGAGCAAAAUUCAAAGGUGGGCACGGCUAUCGUCAGUGUGGUUAAGAAUCUUCGGGAACAAAUCGAAGUUAUAUACGGGGGAACUGGCGCGCCACUCCCUUACAGUAUUCGAAAUCCAUUAGAUAGACUGAGGAAGGGAGCAGCGCAAGUUGCUAAUAAUGAGAAAGGGAAUCGAGAAGACAAAUAUGUCUGUAAAGUUGUUCGUUUACCCAUGGACGCAUGGUUAAAAAAGGGUUGGAAGGAAAAGGAUCCGCCGGUCCAUGCCAUCCAGGCUUUCUACCGCGCUGUACCCGACCAUACGCAUAUGCAAGUAAAUGAGGAUAGGGGGGUACAAUCAGCAGCAACGAUAAGGCCGGCGAGUGAGAGGCCUUUGAGAGUUGUAGUUAACUCAAAGCUCUUAAUUCAAGGCAUUGAGGAAAUCACUGGCAUUGGGAUUGACGAACACCCUCUUGUGGUUAAUUCCCCUUAUAAGUUAUUCAUGCAUGCCUUACCUCUUAUUGAACCGUAUCUUGCCAAGCUCAAGGCCAAACACUCGGAACUCGGCAACAUUAUGGAUUCCCAGAUAUCCAAAUGGAAGAGCAGAGCCGAAAAUACCUCCGAACCUAAAGCCAAUCAACCAGAUGGAGCAGAAGACAAUAACACCACUACAACUGACAGUUUGGCUUCUGAUAUCGAAACACUUGGUAACAAGAUUGACCACUUUGAGCUUCUUUUGAAUUUCAUCCAAACAGACCUACAACAUCUGAUAGAGCUCCGGAAACAUGUGGCAGAUUUGACACUGGAGUCCAUCACGUUCGAGGAUCUGUGGCACUUGUUCAGCGUAGGGGACACUAUAUUCACAAACGAGGGCCGUCACGAACAGCUAUAUGUUACCUACAUGAUAGCAGGUGGAAAGCAACGGCUGCGAAACCGGACGUUAGGGGAACUUGAAAAUAUUCGUAGGAGAGAACUGGGUCGCAUAUUAAAUCGUCGGACAAACUGGCAUGAUGCCAAUAAUGAUGACAGCGAUGAGUACGAUGAAGAGAGGUUACGCAUUAAAACAUCAGGCAAGGGGACAUGGGCUCCUCUGACCAUUGACUGUUAUCGAAUGGCUUGCGAUGGCAAUUAUAUCGGGCCCAUCGACGAAGUUAAAAAGAUACCACCAUUCAUCGGAAAAAAGCGCAUUACGGAAUUACCAGUGUACCCAUUAGCAUUUCAUCCCGAAGCAAAAGAAGUCAAGAAGCGACUGGAGGAACGCGGAAAGAGCUUUCUCCGUUGCAGCGGCCACAGAAGUUACUUUGGGAUCGCAUAUGAUCAUCGACACGAGCAUAUUAAGGAGGAGCUUCACGGUGAUGUAUACAUCGAUUUCGAAGAAUACUAUCGCUCAGAACGGAGAGUGGAGCGCCCUCGCCUCGGGAAGCUUCGUAUGUCGGAGACUAGUCGCCCGGAAGUCAGCGAGCUUGACCACACGGUGGGAUUAGAUGAUAAUAAGCUCAUUGAACUCGUAGACUACCAGAUCGAUCAGCUCAGGGCGGAGACGUUUCUCGCGGAAACAACCCCGAACAAAGAAUUGCUGACCACGCCGGAAGCGCUCAAUACCCCUGAUAUUAUCUACCUCUUUCCUCAUUGGGUUGUUGCCUUUGCUUUUCGAACGCGAGCCUGGGUUCACUUGGACUUGGACUGCAUAAGCGAGAUGGAUAAGAGUGACGAAGCUCGAAGGACGGGCUUUAACGAGCUUGUAAUACCGCAAAAGUACCGCAAGCUGCUGGUAUCUCUUGUCGAAAGCCACGCCUCGGGGCACAGGAAGAAGAUGGAUCAUAAGAAUACAGCGACAAGCGAAGAGCCAAUCAGGCAGAUCGACCUGGUCAGGGGCAAGGGUCUUGGUCUCAUUAUCCUUCUUCAUGGCCCCCCCGGAUCUGGGAAAACGAGCACGGCCGAGACUAUCGCGGCUUAUACUGGAAGGCCCUUGUACGCCCUGACUUGUGGAGACCUUGGUCUACGUAUCGACCAUAUUGAGGCGCAGCUAGAGUUGCACACUAGACGUGCCGAUAAAUGGGGAUGCGUGCUAUUACUCGACGAAGCAGACGUGUUCUUGGUCAAACGAGGAUGGAAGGAAAUGGGGAGGAACGCCUUAGUCGCUGUGUUUUUGCGACAACUUGAAUACUACGCCGGGAUACUCUUCCUCACGACCAACCGCGUGGGCAUUCUCGACGAGGCGUUCACCUCACGGAUCCACGUCGCGCUCCGCUACCCCAAGAUUGAGCGGAAGCAGACCCUCAAGAUAUGGAAGAACAUCCUCGACCGCCUCGCCCGCGACAACGCGAACCGCGAGAUCAAGAUCGACUUCGACCGGGAGGAUAUCCUCGACUAUGCCGAGUCGCAGUUCGAGAAGUGCAAGGAGAACGAGUCGACGUGGAACGGGCGGCAGAUCCGCAACGCCUUCCAGACCGCCAUCGCGCUCGGCCAGUACGAGCGCUCGAUGCGCCUGCAGGAGAAGGGCCUCACGUCCGAGGAGGCGCUCCGCACCGGGAAGAAGAAGUGGCGCCGCCUGAAGCUGAGCACCGAGUACUUCGAGGUCAUCGCCGACACGGCCCAGGAGUUCGAGGACUACCUGUACGCCGUCCACGGCGAGCGCGAGCUCGACCGCGCCCUCGAAGAGAACAUCCGCAACGACUACUUCAACGACCGCAACGUCACCGUCCGCGUGCACAGGGAAGAGCCGCCGCCGCCACGGGUCCCCGCCACCGACGGCAGAGGCCCCGUGAGCUCCGGCGUGUCGUCGUCGCGGAGGUCGGGGCCGAGCGCCCGGCCCGCGGCCAAUAAUCCUAGCAGCAUCGGCGGUUCCAAACUACAUACCAACAGGCCGCCCUCUAUCUCGGUCUCGUCCGGGCCGGCAUCCCCCGCGGAGAGUGGCGACGAAAAUGGCGCCGCCGUUAACCACGGGCAUGCCAAGAAGCGGCCCCAGAAGAAGGCACGUUCAAGUUCCGAGUCGGAGUCGGAUUAGGUUUUAUUUUGGGUAUUCUCACUGUUGUCGUCUGUUCGUGGAAUGCAUUUUUUGCUGCAGCUUUCUGGUCACUUUCUUAUGCGUGCUUCUGCAGAGAAGAGGGAUGCCAUGUAUUUCUCGCAAGCUUGGAACUAUCCCAACCCGUUACACUAAGCACCUAACCUAGCUCAAUCCAAGUACAAUUUCCUUCCCCUUCUGGU